AGACUAAAUUUCUACUUUUUAGGGAACACAAAUAUGCUUCCAAAGUUUUAUCUGAUCUGAGAGUGUGGCAUGAACAACAAAUGCAAGGGGGUCUGCUGGGCUGGAUUCUGAAUGAAACAUUUCGCUCCAAUAUGAAAGUAGCUCUGCUUGGAGGAGGACUGGAUUCCAAGAUUUCUGGAGGACCUCUACCCCCAGACAAACACGCCAAGGACAUUCCAUUUUUAGAUAAAUAUGCUCUGGAACGAUGGGAGUGUGUUCUCCAUUUUAUGGUGGGGUCUACUGAGGGUACUGAGGGAGUCAGUAGAGAUAUCAUUGAUGUUCUCCUUCAUGCUGGACUCAUGACCACGGAUGGUGUGGACCCUCUGCCGUCCAUUACUCCAGCUGGUUUUCAGUUUCUGUUGAUGGAUACAGGGUCACAAGUCUGGUAUUUCAUGCUGCAGUACUUGGACACUGUUGAGAGUCGUGGUAUGGACCUUAUAGACUGUUUAUCCUUCUUAUUUCAACUUAGUUUUUCAACAUUAGGAAAAGAUUAUUCAACAGAAUUUAUGAAUGAUGGACAACAAAGAUUUUUACAACAUUUGAGAGAGUUUGGACUUGUUUAUCAAAGAAAGAGGAAAAUCCAGAGGUACUACCCCACCAGGCUAGCCAUCAAUCUUUCCUCUGGUUUGUCAGAUUUCACACUGGGAAAGAAUACGGGUUAUCUGAUGGUGGAAACUAACUACAGAGUGUAUGCUUAUACAGAUUCUCCUUUACUUGUGGCUCUGGUAGCAUUAUUUUGUGAGAUGUUAUACAGGUUUCCAACGUUUUGUGUGGGGAAUUUGACACGUGGCAGUGUGAGAGAUGCUUUAACCCGAGGAAUCACAGCUGACCAGAUCAUAUCCUUUUUGAAAACCCAUGCUCAUCCUAAAAUGCUGAAGAAUACACCAGUUAUUCCUUCAACCAUUACGGACCAGAUAAGACUGUGGGAAUUAGAGCGUGACCGGUUUAAAUUCUCUGAAGGAGUUCUGUAUGACCAGUUCCUGUCACAGAGUGAUUUUGAGCUGCUGAGAGACUAUGCCAAAGAUUUAGGAGUUCUACUCUGGGACAAUGCAAUAAAGAGAGUGAUGGUUGUGACAAAGAGCGGCCAUGAUGACGUCAAGCGGUACUGGAAGCGACAGAAACAGUCCAAUUCCUGAAACGGUCAUGUACUUGCUGAAUCGGAUUGGUGACUUAAAAUCAAGAAAAAUGUCUGUCAGAAAACUACAGUUGAUUUCUGCAGCAUUAAAAGAGUGCUAUAGGACCCUGCCUAGAGAGAUGUAGAGAGGACAGACAGUUUGAUGGCCCUGGUGUCUCUCAGACAAAGGCAAUGAUACAUUGUUAUAGACUGGAGUUGUGCAAUACUUCUUUAAUGUAACUGUUAUAAUAAGAUUGUCUCUAAUGAUCUGUUUACACAUUUUGUGAAAGAAAGUACAAUAAAAAUGUUCAUCAAUU